UACAUCGGACAGAGAGGGAGAGAGAUGGAAAGAGAGUGAGAGUGCUGGGUCCCCUCAGGAUGAAGGUUACCAUGAGCGGCACCCGUUUCAUGCUCCUGCAGGUGAUGGUGUUUCUGGAUUCACAGUGGCCAAUUGACUCUCAAGUGCGGCUGAUUGAUGGCCCGGGCCCAUGCUCUGGGAGAGUGGAGGUCUAUCACUUAGGAGAAUGGGGCACUGUGUGCGACGACAACUGGGGCAUUAAAGAUGCCAGGGUAGUAUGUUACCAGCUUCAGUGUGGUCCUGCCAUCUCAGCGCACAGGGGUGGGUAUUACCCUACUGGCACUGGAAAGAUCUGGAUGGAUGAAGUCCUGUGUCGGGAUACGGAGCACCAACUGUCCUCCUGCCAGUUCUCAGGUUGGGGAAAACAUAACUGCAACCACAACGAAGAUGCUGGCGUGACCUGCAAAAAAAGAGAUAAUUCUCCCCGUCCCUCCAUCUCCAUCGUCCCCAAAGACCCAGUGCACCAGGUAGGGAGUUAUGUGGAAAUCAGGUGUCUGCUUCCGAAGGGAUAUAGCGGGGGGCGCUUCGGAGCGAUGAAGGAUUCCAGCGUGAUUCGUUGGCAAGCGGUUCGGGUCGGGAGCCGCAGUGUCAACUUCUGGUUGGAGAAGGUGGAACCGCAACACGCGGGGAACUACACGUGCGCCUACGAAGCCAUUGUCAGGGGGAGCUGGCAACGUUUCCCACCCAGCGACACCGUGCAACUCCGAGUGGAAGAACCGCCGACCCGGCCGGAGAUUACGAUCGCUCCCUCGUACCCAGCGUAUCUGGCGGGAGAAGAUGUCACUCUGGCUUGCGUGAUCCCACUCCGUUACAGGCCCGUUCGUGUCCACUUCCUGAAGGACACCGCACUCAUCGCCAACGGCACUAGGAGCCAGCGGAAUUUCACCCACACCAUCGUCAACCUCAGCUCUGCCGACUCAGGGAACUACACGUGUUCCUACCAGACCCUGGAGUUCGGCAGAUUGCUGUCAUCACCCUCCAGUCUCCCAGUGGAAAUGGCCCUAACUCAGCCCCGUCUCAGACUGGUGAAUGGCAGCGACCAGUGUUCAGGGAGAGUGGAGGUGUGGUACAACGGAGAGUGGGGAACAGUGUGUGGCCGUUCCUGGGACAUCUCAGAUGCCAAAGUGGUUUGCCACCAACUGAGGUGUGGGUCAGCUGUGGCUGCUUUGCCCAGGGCUGUGUUCGGGCAGGGUGCAGGAGCGGUCUGGAUGGAUGAAGUGUCCUGUGGAGGGACAGAGCCGACCCUCUGGUCAUGUCCAUUCAGUGGAUGGGGCCGAGGAAACUGCAGGCACCAGGAAGAUGCCAGUGUUGUCUGUAACCCCAGUUUGAUGCUCCAACCCUCCAUCGCAAUCAAUCCAGACAGCCCACUCCAUGUGUCCGGGAUGCCCCUGGGAAUCCAGUGUGUGGCUCCGAACCGCUACCAUGGCGGCCGCUUCCAGAUCUUGAAGAGGUCGGACGUGGUCAAGGAGCGCCGGCUGGAGCCAGGGUCAAACAGCGCCAUGUUCCUGUACCGUAACGUCAGCGCUGGCAUCAGCGGGACCUACCGCUGCCUGUACCAGAGGAUCGUGGCCGGGUUCUGGGUCACCUUCCGUGCCAGCCCCUCCGUCCCCAUCCAGGUCGUGGAACCGCCGACCCGGCCGGAGAUUACGAUCGCUCCCUCGUACCCAGCGUAUCUGGCGGGAGAAGAUGUCACUCUGGCUUGCGUGAUCCCACUCCGUUACAGGCCCGUUCGUGUCCACUUCCUGAAGGACACCGCACUCAUCGCCAACGGCACUAGGAGCCAGCGGAAUUUCACCCACACCAUCGUCAACCUCAGCUCUGCCGACUCAGGGAACUACACGUGUUCCUACCAGACCCUGGAGUUCGGCAGAUUGCUGUCAUCACCCUCCAGUCUCCCAGUGGAAAUGGCCCUAACUCAGCCCCGUGUCAGACUGGUGAAUGGCAGCGACCAGUGUUCAGGGAGAGUGGAGGUGUGGUACAACGGAGAGUGGGGGACAGUGUGUGGCCGUUCCUGGGACAUCUUGGACGCCAAAGUGGUUUGCCACCAACUGAGGUGUGGGUCAGCCGUGGCUGUGCUGUCCAGGGCUGUGUUCGGGCAGGGUGCAGGAGCGGUCUGGAUGGAUGAAGUGUCCUGUGGAGGGACAGAGUCGACCCUCUGGUCAUGUCCAUUCAGUGGAUGGGGCCGAGAGAACUGCAGGCACCAGGAAGAUGCCAGUGUUGUCUGUAACCCCAGUUUGAUGCUCCAACCCUCCAUCGCAAUCAAUCCAGACAGCCCACUCCAUGUGUCCGGGAUGCCCCUGGGAAUCCAGUGUGUGGCUCCGAACCGCUACCAUGGGGGCCGCUUCCAGCUCCUGAGAGGGAAGUCUGUGGUCAAGCAGCACCGGCUGGAGCCAGGGUUGAAUAGCGCCAUGUUCCUGUACCGUAACGUCAGCACUGGCGUCAGUGGGACCUACAACUGCCUGUACCAGAGGCUCGUGGCCGGGUUCUGGGUCACCUUCCGUGCCAGCCCCUCUGUCCCCAUCCGGAUCACAGAACCGCCGACCCGGCCGGAGAUUACGAUCGCUCCCUCGUACCCAGCGUAUCUGGCGGGAGAAGAUGUCACUCUGGCUUGCGUGAUCCCACUCCGUUACAGGCCCGUUCGUGUCCACUUCCUGAAGGACACCGCACUCAUCGCCAACGGCACUAGGAGCCAGCGGAAUUUCACCCACACCAUCGUCAACCUCAGCACUGCCGACUCAGGGAACUACACGUGUUCCUACCAGACCCUGGAGUUCGGCAGAUUGCUGUCAUCACCCUCCAGUCUCCCAGUGGAAAUGGCCCUAACUCAGCCCCGUCUCAGACUGGUGAAUGGCAGCGACCAGUGUUCAGGGAGAGUGGAGGUGUGGUACAACGGAGAGUGGGGGACAGUGUGUGGCCGUUCCUGGGACAUCUUGGACGCCAAAGUGGUUUGCCACCAACUGAGGUGUGGGUCAGCCGUGGCUGUGCUGUCCAGGGCUGUGUUCGGGCAGGGUGCAGGAGCGGUCUGGAUGGAUGAAGUGUCCUGUGGAGGGACAGAGUCGACCCUCUGGUCAUGUCCAUUCAGUGGAUGGGGCCGAGAGAACUGCAGGCACCAGGAAGAUGCCAGUGUGGUCUGUAACCCCAGUUUGAUGCUCCAACCCUCCAUCGCAAUCAAUCCAGACAGCCCACUCCAUGUGUCCGGGAUGCCCCUGGGAAUCCAGUGUGUGGCUCCGAACCGCUACCAUGGGGGCCGCUUCCAGCUCCUGAGAGGGAAGUCUGUGGUCAAGCAGCACCGGCUGGAGCCAGGGUUGAAUAGCGCCAUGUUCCUGUACCGUAACGUCAGCGCUGGCGUCAGUGGGACCUACAGCUGCCUGUACCAGAGGCUCGUGGCCGGGUUCUGGGUCACCUUCCGUGCCAGCCCCUCUGUCCCCAUCCGGAUCACAGAACCGCCGACCCGGCCGGAGAUUACGAUCGCUCCCUCGUACCCAGCGUAUCUGGCGGGAGAAGAUGUCACUCUGGCUUGCGUGAUCCCACUCCGUUACAGGCCCGUUCGUGUCCACUUCCUGAAGGACACCGCACUCAUCGCCAACGGCACUAGGAGCCAGCGGAAUUUCACCCACACCAUCGUCAACCUCAGCACUGCCGACUCAGGGAACUACACGUGUUCCUACCAGACCCUGGAGUUCGGCAGAUUGCUGUCAUCACCCUCCAGUCUCCCAGUGGAAAUGGCCCUAACUCAGCCCCGUCUCAGACUGGUGAAUGGCAGCGACCAGUGUUCAGGGAGAGUGGAGGUGUGGUACAACGGAGAGUGGGGGACAGUGUGUGGCCGUUCCUGGGACAUCUUGGACGCCAAAGUGGUUUGCCACCAACUGAGGUGUGGGUCAGCCGUGGCUGUGCUGUCCAGGGCUGUGUUCGGGCAGGGUGCAGGAGCGGUCUGGAUGGAUGAAGUGUCCUGUGGAGGGACAGAGUCGACCCUCUGGUCAUGUCCAUUCAGUGGAUGGGGCCGAGAGAACUGCAGGCACCAGGAAGAUGCCAGUGUGGUCUGUAACCCCAGUUUGAUGCUCCAACCCUCCAUCGCAAUCAAUCCAGACAGCCCACUCCAUGUGUCCGGGAUGCCCCUGGGAAUCCAGUGUGUGGCUCCGAACCGCUACCAUGGCGGCCGCUUCCAGCUCCUGAGAGGGAAGUCUGUGGUCAAGCAGCACCGGCUGGAGCCAGGGUUGAAUAGCGCCAUGUUCCUGUACCGUAACGUCAGCACUGGCGUCAGUGGGACCUACAGCUGCCUGUACCAGAGGCUCGUGGCCGGGUUCUGGGUCACCUUCCGUGCCAGCCCCUCUGUCCCCAUCCGGAUCACAGAACCGCCGACCCGGCCGGAGAUUACGAUCGCUCCCUCGUACCCAGCGUAUCUGGCGGGAGAAGAUGUCACUCUGGCUUGCGUGAUCCCACUCCGUUACAGGCCCGUUCGUGUCCACUUCCUGAAGGACACCGCACUCAUCGCCAACGGCACUAGGAGCCAGCGGAAUUUCACCCACACCAUCGUCAACCUCAGCUCUGCCGACUCAGGGAACUACACGUGUUCCUACCAGACCCUGGAGUUCGGCAGAUUGCUGUCAUCACCCUCCAGUCUCCCAGUGGAAAUGGCCCUAACUCAGCCCCGUGUCAGACUGGUAAAUGGCAGCGACCAGUGUUCUGGAAGAGUGGAGGUGUGGUACGACGGAGAGUGGGGGACAGUGUGCGAUCGAUCCUGGGAUGUUUCAGAUGCCAGGGUGGUGUGCCACCAACUGAGGUGUGGGUCAGCCGUGGCUGCGCUGCCCAGUGCUGGGUUUGGACAGGGGGCAGGAGCAGUCUGGAUGGACAAAGUGUCCUGUGGAGGCACAGAGUCGACCCUCUGGUCCUGUCCAUUCAGUGGAUGGGGCCGAGGAAACUGCAGACACCAGGAAGAUGCCAGUGUCGUCUGUAACCCCAGUUCACUGCUCCGACCCUCUAUCGCUAUCAAUCCAGACAGCCCCCUCCACAUGUCCGGGAUGCCCCUGGGAAUCCAGUGCGUGGCUCCAGGCAGUUACCGUGAGGGCCGCUUCCAGAUCCUGAGGUCAAGGUCCGUGGUCAAGGAGCACCGGCUGGAGCCAGGGUCGAACAGCGCCAUCUUCCUGUACCGUAACGUCAGCGCUAGCAUCAGCGGGACCUACAGCUGCCUGUACCAGAGGCUCGUGGCUGGGUUCUGGGUCACCUUCCGUGCCAGCCCCUCUGUCCCCAUCCGGAUCGCAGAACCUCCAACAAAGCCCAGCAUCUCUCUGAGCCCUGCGUUCCCUGUCUAUCUGGAGGGAGAGACGGUCACCAUUGAGUGUGUUCUUCCCAGCGGCAUCUCCCUGGCUCAAUUUUGGCUGCGAAAGGGCUCAGUCUCUGUCGUGGAGGACACAGCCGGCCGACAGUCCUUUAGAUACACGAUUCGGAACUUCACCCAUAGCAGCGAGGGGCUCUAUACAUGUUUGUACAAGACUCUGGUAUCCGGUCACUGGAUCACAUCAUCUCCCAGUCAGUCUGUUGCCAUCACUAUGACAGAACCUCCAACAAAGCCCAGCAUCUCUCUGAGCCCUGCAUUCCCUGUCUAUCUGGAGGGAGAGACAGUCACGAUUGAGUGUGUUCUUCCCAACAGCAUCUCCCUGGCUCGGUUCCGGCUGCAAAAGGGCUCAAUCACCAUUGUGGAGGACACAGUCGACCGACUGUCUCUCCAACACACCAUUCAGAACCUCGACAACAGCAGUGAAGGGCUCUACACUUGUUCCUACAAGACCCUGGUGCUGGGUCGCUGGGUCACUUCGUCUCCUAGUCAGUCUGUCUCCAUCAUUGUGACAGGGUUAACUCUGUCCGUGACUCUCUCCCUGAAUCAUCAGACUGGCCUGUACCUGAGGGGCAGUGCAGCGACCAUGAGCUGCUCCAAUCCCAGUGAUUCCCAGCUCCAAUCGUUCAUAUUCUACAAAGACAGAGAAUUCUUACGCUCGCUGGAGGCACAUCCCGACCAGCACAUGGCAUCCAUUUCCAUCGGAAAUCUCUCUCAAGCAAACGGAGGGAGUUACACCUGCCAGUGUGAGAUGAUUGUGUCCGGGAGACAACUGUUAUCGAGUCUAAGCAAUGCUGUGUCAAUAACCGUACAAGAAGUGGUGAAGCCGGUGAUAACCGUGCCAUCAGCGGCAGUCGAGCUUGGAGGGAAUCUCUCAAUGAUCUGCUUUGGUGAGGGGGUUCAGCCCGGUGAAGGAUUCUUUCUACAGAGGGAUGACGCAGCUUCCUUGCCCCACUAUCAGACGGUAUGGGAGAGAGACAGUUCCAUUACCUUCAUCAUCACCAAUGUAAGCCAGGACGACGCAGGAGUCUAUUCUUGUGGCUACAACGUGACAGUCAAUGGGACAGUGUUGGCAUCCAUCACCAGUGAAAGCGUGCAGGUGACUGUCUGCGAUUUCAGGGACCUGACUUUGAGCCAAGUGCUAACACGAUAUUCUUAUGUGAUCGGUGUAACGUUUUUGGCAGUGGUUCUCGUAAUUAUCAUCGCAGUCCGAAGCCGAAACAAGAAGACCCAGGGUCAUUUCAGAUUGGAGGGACGUGCCGACCAGUUGGAUAUUAUCAAUCCGGUCUACAACACAGACAUUGGGGCUUAAGCACUGAAGGAUCUCAGCUUGCAAUAGCUUAUUCUGCUUCUCUUGUACGUUGGUCAAUUCCCUGAGGAUGCAACUGUGAGAUUCUAUCCCAGCUCUGCUGAGAUUGCACAGGCUAGGAGUGCUGAGGUGGCUACGUGAAUGUGGGACACCUCUCUGAGCACUGCCUCCAGACAGGCAUAAAGGCAGUAGCCCCUUCUCUGGUUGGGUUCCAUUGCGGUUGUUGGGGGUGGGGGGUGGUAGUAGAAUUAAGCUCUCAACCAUCAGCAAGGUUUGAAGGUUGACUGAAGUUGACGGAGGUUAACUGUAGGUCGUCAGCAGCCGGUGUGUCCUCCACCAAAACAACCACCCCCACUGAUCAAAAUCCACUUGUCAAGCCACUGGCCCUCGCCUCCCAUUCAUGAUGAAUGUUGUUUCCUCAUCAGUUUUGCCUUCCUUGUAAAUUUCUCUUUCGAGACAAUGAAAUUCCUGAAAUGUCGAUGGCAUUAAUCUGGAACCUAGCUUUCUGUCUCGUAGAGUCAUAGAGAUGUACACUAUGGAAACAGAUCCUUUGGUCUGACUUGUCCAUGCUGUCCAGGUAUCCUAAACUAAUCUGGUCCUAUUUAGAGUCAAAGACGUACAGCAUGGAAACAGAUUUUUCGGUCGAACUCGGCCAUGCUGACCAGUUAUUUUAAAUUACUCUAGCCCCAUUUGCCAUCAUUUGGUCCAAAUCCUUCUUAUUCAUGUACCCAUUCAGAUGCUUUAGAUAUUGUAAUUGUACCCAGCUCCACCAAUUCCUCUGUCAGCUCAUUCCAUACACACACCAACAUCUGCAUGAAAAAGCUGUUCCUUAGGUCCCUUUUAAAGCUUUCCUCUCUCACCUAGUUCUGAACUCCUGUACCCUGUGGGGAGAAAAGACCUUUGCUAUUCACCCUAUCCAUGCCCCUCAUAAUUCUAUAAACUUGUAUAAGGUCCCCCCUAAGCCUCUGACACGCCAGGUAAAAUAGUCCCUUCCCAUUCAGCCUUUCCCUACAGCUCAAACCCUCCAAAUUCCUUGUAAAUCUUUUCUGAACCCUUUCAAGUUUGACAAAAUGUCUUCUAUAGCAGGUAGACUGGAAUUUAACGCAGUAUUCUGAAAGUGGCCUAACCACUUUCCUGUGCAGCUGCAAUAUGACCGACCAAGACCUAUACUCAGUGCACUGACCAAUAAAGGCAAGCGAACCAAACACCUUCUUCACUACUCUGCUGGAACUAUGAACCUGCACUCCAACACCUCUUCGUUCGGCAACACUUGCCAGGACCUUAGCAUUAAGUGUAUAAGUCCUGCCCCGGUUUGCCUUUCCAAAAUGCAUCACCUCCAAAUCGCAAGCUCACAUUUGCCCCUUUGUCUCCGAUCAAGGCUGCGUUCAAUCGGUUCUGGAAUUUGGAUUCAAUCAUGUUUUUACAAAAAAGAACACAGGAAGGGUUCUUCAACUCCAUCCCUCUUGAUUCCCCCUUCCUGACUAAAACUCAGCCUUCAGCACACUCAGUGACCCAGCCUCUGCAAGAAAGAAUUCCACAGAUUUGCUCCCACUCGGACAGAAGAAAUUCCUCCCCAUCUCUGUCUUCCCCCUUACUCUGAGAUGAUGUCCCUCUGGUCCCAGACUCUCCCACACAGAAGGGGAAACAGCCUCUCCAAAUCCACCUUAUCCACUCCGAUUCAGUUGCCCCCAAAUCUUCGAAACUCCAGAGGAUGUAGGGGCCUGCCCUGUAUAGCCUUUUCCUCAUUAUUCCAGGAAUUAAUCUGGUAAGCCUUAUCUGAACUGUUUCCCCAGCAUUAAAAUCCUUCUGUCAGGAUGGGAAGCAGUACUGUACUCUGGACGCAGAAACACAGAUGAACUGUAGAACUGAAGCAUAAUCUCCCAACUCUUAUAUUCAAUACCCCUCACAAUAAACCACAACAGCCUACCAGCUUUACUGAUUCCUUGCUGUCCUUACAGGCUAACCUUCUGGGAUUCACAGACUGAGUCACCCCACAUCCCUCUGCACCUCAGAACUUUGUAACCUCUCACUGUUGAGAUAAUGUACUGGUCUAAAUAUUUUGUGUGCCUUACCAUUCUAUUUUCAAGUGUUGAACAUUAUUUGAAGUAUAGAGACAAUGAAAUUAAAUUGUACUGUAUUGUUUAAGGCAUUUACUUGGGAACUGCACAAGAAUAAGCUUUCCCUCACCAGGAACAAA